UGGCUUAACUUAACCUAGGUCGGUUUGGCCUUUGGGGGCUGAAUAUUGUCAAUCAUCUCAACGGUUUAUAUUAAACUCCAACACGACGCUUUGCUCCGACCACCGUCUGCCACCGUUGAUUGAUAUCAUCUUCAUCGUCAACUUUCUCAUCUGUAAUCACCCCAUCGUGUAAGAUCAAGGUUUGUAUACCAAGGAACCAUGGAUGAAGACCAAGAAAUGGAGAGAUUUGGGAUGGAUAAUGAUUAUGAAGACGGUAAAUGGAUUGGUGGGGAAUUUUAUUACGGAAAACGCAAAGAAAAACGCCACCAAACCAAAGAUGAUGUGCUCUACGGUAUCUUUGCUGACAGUGACAGCGACUCAGAAGGUGGGUCCCGCAAGAAUAAACGAAGAAAAGACUUUUCCAAAAAACAAGAUUUAACCAAGCCAAUGAAUUUCGUAUCUAAAGGCGUUGUGAUGCCAACCGAAGAAAUCAAUCAGAACUUGAAAGAACAGAAUGAGAAAGAUGAUCAAGUCGAUGAAGACGACGGGAGCAUGCCUGGUUUAGGUUUCGGUGCCUCGGGUUCAGCCCAUUCUGGUCUCGGCCUUGGUUUCGGGUCAAAGAAUGUCAGCAGUGCUAAAGACGAAGUCAACGAUACCAGCAAUGACUUUCUUCCUACUGCAUUUGGUAAACAGUUCAAGGAGCGUGUACUUCAAAGGCGCGAGGAAAUGGAGAAAACCAAAUUAAACAAGAAUUCAUCUCGAGCUCGGUCAGAAAAGAGAGACGCAAAAACCGAUGGAAAUAUAGGCGGUUUCGAGAAUCACACAAAAGGGAUCGGGGCAAAAUUACUUGAAAAAAUGGGGUACAAAGGAGGUGGGCUCGGGAAAAACGCGCAAGGUAUCGUUGCUCCGAUUGAAGCAAAAUUGCGUCCGAAAAACAUGGGAAUGGGGUAUAACGAAUAUAAAGAAGCGGUUAACUUGCCUAUAUUACAAGAAUCGGUAGAUCAGAAUAAGGGUUUACCUCAUCCUGUUUCUGAAAGUCAACCGAAAGAGAAGAUGUGGUUAAAGCAAGGUCGGUUAAAGAAGAAGAAGAAAGAUUACGUAACCGCGGAGGAAUUGCUGGUUAAGAAACAAGAACAGGGGUUGGAUGUGGUGCAAAAAGUGUUCGAUAUGCGGGGCCCGCAAGUUCGGGUGUUGACAAAUUUGGAGAAUUUGAAUGCUGAAGAGAUAUCACGGGAGAAAGACGUCCCAAUGCCCGAACUCCAACAUAAUGUAAGAUUAAUUCUUGAUUUGGCUGAGCUGGAUAUUCAAAAAAUCGAUCAGGAUUUGAGGAACGAACGAGAGACGGUUGUCACUUUGCAAAAAGAAAAGGAACAAUUAAAAACGGAUGCUAGCCGACAGAAAAAACAACUCGAUAGCAUGGAAGAGAUUGUUAAUGUGGUGGAACGUUUAGGUGACGAGAGUCAAACGGGUACGUUGACUUUAGACUCACUUGCUAAAUCAUUUGGGAAUUUACAAAAACGGUUUCCCGAUGAGUACAAACUCGGUAGUUUAUCUACAAUUGCAUGUUCUUUUGCUUUGCCUUUGUUCUUUAGAGAAUUUCAAGGGUGGGACCCACUAAUACACCCGGAAAGCCAUCUAAAUGUUGUGUCAGUUUGGAAAGAUCUGUUACAAGGAGAUGAGAUAUUCGAUUCGCCAUACACUCAGCUUUUUAUGGAAGUCGUUUUUCCAGCUUUAAGAAUAUCGAGCACAAACACAUGGCAAGCACGGGACCCAGAACCGCUGCUAAAGUUUCUUGAUUCAUGGGAAAAAUUAAUGCCACAUCAGGCUCUUCAAACAAUACUUGAUAACAUCGUUAUGCCGAAACUAUCGGCUGCUGUCAACUCAUGGGACCCGCUUCAUGAACAUAUUGCCAUACAUAAAUGGGUUCAUCCUUGGCUACCUUUAUUAGGGCAAAAACUCGAAACCUUUUAUCCUACCAUAAGAAACCGAUUAGAAAGCGUUCUUCAUGUUUGGCACCCGAGCGACGUGUCAGCUUACACGAUUUUAUCACCGUGGAAACCGGUUUUCGAUCCGGUAAGCUGGGAACAAAUAAUGGUCCGGUUUAUUAUUCCGAAACUAUUGGCGGUUAUGCAUGAAUUUCAAGUCAACCCAGCUGAACAGAAGCUUGAGCAGUUUUAUUGGGUUUUGAACUGGGCCGGUGUCAUUCCAGUUCAUCAUAUGCUUCAUAUAAUGGAUGUGUUUUUCAACAAAUGGCAAGAGGUUUUAUACCAAUGGUUAUGCUCAAAACCUGAUUUUCAAGAGGUUUAUAAUUGGUUCUUGGGUUGGAGGAAUCUUAUCCCGGCUGAGCUGGCAUCCAAUGAACAUAUACGGGCCCGGUUGCAUGCGGGUCUAGACAUGAUGAACCAGGCAGCUGAAGGGUUGGAUGUGGUUCAACCGGGUCUGAGAGAAAACAUUAGCUACUUGAAGGCGCGUGAACAGAGACAGUUUCAGGCGACUGCUGCACAAGCUGCAAGGGUUGAUGACGUGGGCAUUGAUUUGAGUUUGAAAGAAGUUAUUGAAGUUCAUGCACAAGAGAAUAAUCUGUUGUUUAAGCCGAAACCUGGGAGAAUGCAAGACGGACAUCAAGUAUAUGGGUUCGGGAACAUUAGCAUAAUCAUAGAUUCUCUUAAUCAGAAGGUGUAUGCUCAAACAGAAGAUAGAUGGUCUCUUGUAUCGCUCGAGCAGUUAGUGAAGCUGGAGAAGGGUUAUGUGAUGAGAAGACGCUGAAUUUUGCAGAUUUAGAAGUAAUCAUGAAAUGACAUUUGUCUGUCUUGUUGCUUUGUAGUCUACUUGUUAUGGAAUUUAUGCUCUCUCUUCUUUGAAAUUUUUGUUUAACAAGUCUUUUAACGUUUUUACCAAACUAUUUAUACUGAACUUGGUUUUAAAGAGUUAA